AUGGGUAUACUGCAAACACUCUUCCACGCGGAAGAAGAAAUCCAUGGCUCCAAGACCCGCGCCAUCGGCGUCGGGCUCUUCGUGGCCUUCGGCGGUGUCCUUUACGGGUACGACACCGGUACCAUCUCCGGUAUCCUUGCCAUGACCUUCGUCAAAGACACGUUCACCUCGACCGGCGCCUUCACCGCCGGUGAAAGUUCGCUCAUCACCUCCAUCUUGUCUGCAGGAACCUUUUUCGGUGCCAUGAGUGCACCUAUGGUGUCCGACACGCUUGGUCGUCGGUACGGACUACUCGUUUCCACUGUCAUUUUCACCAUCGGUGUCAUUUUGCAAACUGCCUCUUCGGGCAAAAACCUACUGAUUGUCGGCAGAGUGAUUGCCGGUAUCGGUGUGGGUGUUCUGUCUGCUAUCGUACCUCUGUACCAAUCCGAAGCUGCUCCCAAAUGGAUCCGUGGUGCCGUCGUGUCCUGCUACCAAUGGGCCAUCACCAUCGGGCUUUUGCUAGCCGCUUGUGUUAACCAAGGAACACAUGGCCGUAAUGACAGUGGCUCCUAUCGUAUCCCCAUUGCCAUUCAGUUUUUAUGGGCCCUUAUUUUGUUUUUUGGUAUGCUCAUCCUACCAGAAUCACCCCGUUUCUUUGUGAAAAAGGGUAAGCUGCCACAAGCACUCAAGUCCCUUUCAAAGCUAAGAGGUCUACCCGCGGAUGACAAAAUAAUCGAAGCUGAGCUUGAAGAGAUCGUGGCAAACUACGAGUACGAAAAAUCCUUUGGUUCUACCACUGUUUGGGAUUGUUUCACUCGUGCCAACAGCCAGCUCAAGCGUAUCACCAUUGGUAUUACAAUUCAGGCACUACAACAGUUGACAGGUAUCAAUUUCAUCUUCUACUACGGAACUCAAUUCUUUCAAAACUCAGGUAUCACGGAUCCAUUUAUCACACAAUUGAUUAUGAAUAUCGUUAAUGUCGUUGCGACCAUCCCUGGUAUUGCGUUGAUUGAGAUCGCCGGUAGAAGAAACUUAUUGCUAUGGGGUGCCGUUGGAAUGUCAGUCAGCGAGUUCAUCGUUGCGGCUGUAGGAACCGCAUUGCCUAACAGCAACUCUGCCAACAAAACUUUGAUUGCAUUUUCCUGUACUUUUGUUGCCUCUUUCGCCGCCACCUGGGGUCCACUUGCAUGGGUCGUAGUGGGAGAAAUCUUUCCAUUGAGAGUCCGCGCUAAGUCUGUCGCCUUCUGCGCUGCCUCCAACUGGCUUUUCAAUUUCGCUAUUGCCUAUGCCACUCCUUAUCUCGUCGACUCUGACCACGCUAACCUGCACUCAAAAGUAUUUUUUAUCUGGGGUAGUUGCACUUUCUUGUGUUUCCUCUUCGUCUACUUUUGCGUCUAUGAAACAAAAGGUCUCACUCUUGAGCAGAUUGACGAGUUGUUCGAUACGUGUCCAAGCGCCCGCAAGUCGAAGUAUUUUGUGCCAUCUCAAGGAUUCGCCCAAGAUUCCCCAGACGCGGAGAAAGCCGUUGUCGAAGCGGUCGAAAAAGUUUGA